CUUCAUUAAAGGAAAGCUCUUCUUGUUUACAACUAAAUUCUAAAGUUAUAAUUCAGGAUUCGUCAGUAAUUAACAUUGAAGAUUCGGAUUCUGAAGAAGAAAAAGUAAAAACUAAAAGAGCAAAAAAAAGUGAUCGUAUGCUAAAAGAGGAAAGGCUAUCAUCUAAUGAAAAGAUGAAAAUUACCGAUUUAGACACACCACCCACAUACCCAUCGUUUGGAUUAACUCAUGCCUUUAAACCUAAUACACAAAGAUCGCAAUCACAAUCACAGUCUACCGAUACAGAAAAUAUAUUAGGCCCUAAUUUUGUUUCAGAUCUUCAAGAAUGUCUUGACCUUCUUACAAAUGUUUUGAAUUCAGCUAGGAGUCAAUAA